CUUACAACCGGGCAACAGCGAACAGAGCGCGAAUCGCAAAACAGGUGGACGCGCAUCGAAACGAAAGUGAAAUAUAUAAAAAAACGUGAGCAAAACGCUCUAAAAACGCGCAGAUCAGCGUCUGUUUAAAGCUGGCGCAAUCGUUUUGGUGCUUGGUGCUGUUCGAAAACAAGUGAAGCAACAACAAAAAACACAAGCAAAGCCAAGUCAAGACGAGGCGAGACGCGACGCAACGAGCUUUAAGCCUUAAUAUUAAUACAUUGGUGCAGAGUGCACGGGGCAAGCUGCGCGGUCAGUCGACCCACACACGAAAAGGCUAAAAGCCAACCAGCCAAAAAAAAACCAUUCAACUUGUGUAUGAUGUGUGCUGCUGCGAAUCUCUAACAAAACAUAAUAGUCGACUAUUUAAUUGAUAAACGUGUUUAUACUUAAUUAAAGUUAACAACAAAAACAGUGAUAAUAAAUGCGCAAAAUGAGAGUCAACUGGGUGCUUACACUACUGAGUUGUUUACUUUUUCUAUUGCCAACUCACACAGCUGCUCAGGGGCUGUACUCCAUAAUUGCGCCAAACAGUCUGCGACCCAACUCGCAGUUCCAUGUGGCAGUCAGCAUCCACAAGGCCGUGGAGUCCGCCCGCAUCAAGGUGGGCAUCCUGGGCAGCAGCUACACAGAUUUCAAGACCGUUGAGCUGCGACCCUUCUCCACCCAGUUGCUGCACUUUGAGAUUCCCGCUCUGAAAGCAGAUCGAUAUCGUCUAACUGCCGAGGGUCUGAGCGGCAUUAUUUUCACAAAUGAAACGCAGCUGCACUUUGAGAAUAAACAGCACACGGUGCUAGUGCAAACCGACAAAGCUAUCUAUAAACCCGGAGAUCUGGUUCACUAUCGUGUGCUUUUGCUCGAUCCGAAUCUGAAGCCAGCUCGCGGCUAUGGACGUGUUCAUCUGGAGAUCAGGGACUCGGGCAAUAAUCUUAUACGCAGCUACAAGGAUAUUCGUCUAACCAAUGCCAUCUAUUCCAAUGAGCUGCAGUUGGCGGAUUAUCCUCGCUUUGGGGAUUGGUCAAUUGUUGUGGAUGUCGCUGAGCAGCAGCAUCGACAAACCUUCGAGGUGCUGGAUCACAUUUUGCCCAAGUUUGUGGUGGACAUUGACACACCGCGCAAGGCCAUCUACAAGGAUGGCAAGAUUGCAGCCACAGUAAGAGCGCACUAUGCUUAUGGUCAGCCCAUUGUGGGUGAGGCAACGCUGUCCAUUUAUCCCACAUUCUUUGGUUCGCUGCAGCCUUUCGUGAAUGAUCUCAUCACCCGCAAAGUGGUGCCCAUCGAUGGCAACGCCUACUUCGAGUUUGACAUCGAGCAGGAGUUGCGCUUGAAGCAAGACUACGAGCGUCAAUAUCUGUUGGAUGCUCUGGUCGAAGAGCGAUCCACGGGAUCGGUGCAAAACUAUUCCACGGUGCUUACACUAUAUCUGAAUCACUUCCGUGUAGAACCCGUCAAGCUGCCCAGCUACUAUAUACCCGGUGUGCCCUUUGAAGCUACCGCUCGCAUCCUACGCAACGAUGGCAGCUUGUUGAAGGAAUUUAAUCCUGAGAUCACAGCUUACUUGACUAAUGUCUAUGGCAGCAGUGAGAUGUACAAUCGCACUGUCUAUCGCCUGGAUGCACGCGGAGAGUUCCAGAUGAAAUUCACAGUGCCAGAGGGAGACAGAGACGAGUAUCAUUCCAUUAUUGUGGACUAUCUGGGCGUGAUUAGCGAUGUGGGCAAGGUACCACGCAAGCAUUUGCACUCUAACAACUACAUUUCAGCCAAGGUGCUCAAUGACAAACCCAUUGUCAAUCAGGAAAUUGCCGUAGCAGUGCAAUCCAAUGCACCCAUGAAGUACUUUAUGUAUCAGAUAGUUGGACGUGGUGACAUUAUCCUAUCCCGCACUGUGGACGUGGCUGAUAAUACAUUCCACACCAUCAAAUUCCUGGCAUCUUUUGCUAUGAUGCCCCGUGCCAAACUUCUCGUUUACAUGGUGGUCAACGGUGAAUUUGUCUACGACGAGCAAGUGAUACGAUUCGAGGAGAACCUGUUGAAUGCUGUGCAAAUUGAGGCGCCUAUCAGAGCACCUCCUGGCCAAGACAUUGACAUCGGCAUCAGCACCAAACCUUACUCCUAUGUGGGUCUAAUGGUGGUCGAUCAAAACAUGGCUGCUAUGCACAGGGGUAAUGACCUCACCCAUGAACGUCUGAUGGAUGCGCUGCACGCCUACGAGCUCAGUGAUGUCAACACGCCAGUUGGCUCACCAGGCAAGGAAUCGGGUGUCAUCACCAUGUCCAAUACUGAUUACUUUGUGGAGAAAGAGGCAGAAACCACUCCUAGCAUUGACCGAGAGAGCUCUGUCGAGGAUGACAAACUCACAGCGGUGCGUAAAACGGACAUUGGACCAGCUCAUAGGAUCGAGGUUAACACUUUACCACCUGGCAAAGGUCGCUAUGCCUUCUCGUACACCCCCAAACCCUAUUGGCACAAUCCUCGAGUACAUGUCAUGCGUAAUCCAGCCGACACUUGGCUCUUCCUCAACAUCUCGGCCAGCAGCGAUGGUCGCAAUACGAUUCAUCGUCGCAUUCCUAGUGAAAUGACUUCCUGGGUGAUGUCUGCUUUCGCGCUGGAUCCUGUGAAUGGCCUGGGACUGAAUGCGCCAAACAGCAAGCUGGAGGCCUACAAAGAAUUCUAUAUAGCAACAGAGCUGCCCUAUUCUAUCAGGAAGGACGAACUCAUUGCACUGCCUUUUGUGGUGCACAACAAUCGGGAUAGCGACUUGAGCGUAGAUGUGACCCUCUACAAUUCCGCGCAAGACUUUCAUUUUCCACAACUCGACACGAGGCAGACGAACAAGCCGGUUGUGGAGUUGUAUAGUCGCCGCACUAUUCAGGUGCCUGCCAAAUCAGCUCGUUCAGUCUCCUUCAUUGUGAUUCCUCGACGUGUUGGCUCGCUGCCAGUUAAGGCAGUAGCAACCACUUCCCAAGCUGGCGACACUGUGGAGAACACGCUGCUCGUGGAACAUCCUGGUGCCACAGAACGUGUGAAUCGUGGCUUCCUCUUCGAGCUCAACUCGAAUGCGCAGCGCAGACAGAAUAUCACCAUCAAGGUGCCGCGCAAUGCCAUCGCUGACUCCACAAGCAUUGAGGUCAAGGCUGUGGGAGAUCUGAUGGGCAGCAUUGUGGGUAAUCUGCAGGAUCUCAUCCAAUUGCCAACGGGUUGUGGCGAGCAGACUAUGGUGAAGUUUGUGCCCAACAUAAUGGUGCUGCGUUAUCUGGGUCGUCUGCGACAACUUACGCCAGAGAUAGAGCAGAGUGCUCUCAGCAAUCUGGCUUUGGGCUACCAGCGUCUGCUCUACUAUCGUCAUGAGAAUGGUGCCUUCAGUGCCUUUGGUUUGUCAGCAAAGCAGAGCUCCACUUGGCUGACUGCCUAUGUGGCACGAUCACUGCGUCAGGCGGCGCCUUACAUUCAGGUGGAUGAGCACGUGCUGCAGUCAGCAUUGGCUUAUUUGGCCAGCGUUCAAUCCAGCAAUGGUGGCUACGAGGAUCGCGGCGAUAUCUUUGAGCAGUUCGACGAUGGCGGCAUCAGUUUGACGGCCUUUGUCACUCUAGCCAUGGUGGAGAAUGUGGAUGUCCAUGCCGAGUAUCGUAACAACAUCAACAAGGCCUUGGACUUUAUUACGCGUGGUCUGGACAUCUCUAGCAAUCUGCAUGCCAUGGCUUUGGGCACCUAUGUGCUCUCCCGUGCCAAUCACAACUCUAAGGCAGCAUUCCUACAGCGUCUCGAUUCACAGGCCACCAAUGCCGAGGGACGCAAAUGGUGGAACAAAACGGCGCCGGCCAAUGAGCAGCCAUCGCCUUGGUACAAUGCCACACGCAGUGUCAAUAUUGAGAUCUCAGCUUAUGCUGCACUGGCAUUGCUUGAGAACAAUCUGGUGGGAGAUGCGCUGCCCGUGCUCAACUGGCUGAUGGAUCAGCGCAAUGCGAACGGCGGCUUUGUUGGCUCCCAGGACACUGUUGUCGGUCUGCAGGCGCUGCUCAUGUUUGCCGAGCGAUUUUCCAGCCAGGGCAACAAUGUUCAGCUUGGUUUCCGCUACGGCGAAGGUGCCGAAACCAUACUCAAUGUGAAUGCCGAGAACUCCCUAGCACUGCAAAGUGUUGAGCUGCCUAGCAAUGUGAAGAACGUGAGCGUCUCGGCCACAGGACGUGGCAUGGCCUUGGCCCAAAUCAGCUACAAGUACAACACGAAUGUGACCAGCGCCUGGCCGCGCUUUGUGCUCGAUCCCACUGUCAAUCGGAAUUCCCAUGCCGAUUAUCUGCAUCUCUCAGCCUGCGCCAGCUUCGUGGCCGUUCCCGGCGAUGCAGAGCGCUCUAACAUGGCCAUAAUGGAGGUCUAUCUGCCCAGUGGCUUUGUCAUCGACACCGAUACGCUGCCAACACUGGAGUCGAGUGAGCGCAUCAAGAAGGUGGAGACGCAACAGCGCGACACCAAGGUGGUAAUCUACUUUGAUUACCUGGACAGACGUGAAGUCUGCCCCACGUUGCAUGCCUAUAAAACCGUGAAAGUGACCAAGCAUCGGCCGGUGCCUGUCGUUAUGUACGACUACUACGACAAUGCUCGUCGUGCCCGGCAGUUCUAUCGGGCCCCCAAGUCAAACAUCUGCGAUAUUUGCGAGCACGCCAAUUGUGGGGACAUCUGCGAGAAGGCGGAGAAACGCGCAUCCCGUCGACCUGAUGAGGAGAAUGUUCUUUUGGCAGGUCGCAGUGCAGCUGAACAGCAUUUAAUAGCCACAUCUUUGCUGACUUUGCUAUCAUUUGCCAUCACUCAGCGACUUUACCGCUAACAGCGGAAAGGGAGAACGAGAAGUGCAGCGAACCAAGUUGAACUGCAUCAAAACGAAGCUUUAACAAUACAAAACCCACUCAUCUUAAUCAUAAGCUAGAACUAAAUCAAUUAACUUUAACGAUGCUAAAAGUUGCCAAUAAAAUAUGUAUUUAACAUUUACUAAACCCGAACAACAAAAUGGAACAUUCCUGAGUAUUUUUUUGAAAAACGGAAGCG